AUGCGCUGUCCUAGUGGAUACGACAAAGUCCUAAACGAAGCCAAGGGGAGCAAAGUAUGGGGAACGUGUGUAUCAAGCGUAGAUCCCGAUCAGGGGCUCACAUAUGCAUACUAUUUGAGGGAGGACGAUAAAUGGAUUGUCACCACCAACGCAAGCAUCGCCACCACAAGCACCAGAUACAAGCAUCCAGCGUAUCGCACUGUCAUCGGAUUUACUAGAGUACCUGGCUUUAAUACUGCACCGGUAUCCAGUACUUCUCUCCCUGGCGCCGAUUUUGGAUCGGGCCUGAAAACGAGCGCAAAAGCGGGUAUUGAGGUUGGUGUCAGCCUGGGGGUCACUGUGCUUCUUGCAUUAUUUGGGUUUGUGUAUUUUCUUGGGAGGAAAAAGCGGAAAGGCUCUUCUGAACAGACAGUUGCUGAAGACUCUGGUAAAUCUACGGAAUGGCAUGCGUCAGAACCCUGCGAGCUGGAUGGGAAGGAUGAUCGGCCUCCGACUCGGCAGGAAUUGCAGUCUAAGAGUGAUACGCCGGAGUUAGAAGGCAAUCAAGGUGGUUUGACACAAGAGUUGGAAGGGGUGAAUGAUUGGCCACCAAUUGAGUUUGAGGCUACAAAUCCGGCCGACAAAGGCAUGGAGAGGACCACGGGAGGCAUCAAUAGUACAACUUCCGAAUAA